AGAGCUGUUGCCUGCCUCUACCGGCCGGAAGUGUUCAGCAGCACCCAUUUGCUUCUCUGGUACGAGGAUCAAGCUGAAGUCGGCUUAGAAGGCUUGUUCCUGGGACCAGAGUGGAAUAGAAAAUGUUGCCUUUAUCUAUUAAAGAUGAAGAGUACAAACCGCCUCGAUUCAAUCUCGGUGGGAAGAUAUCUGGAUGGUUUAGGUCUAUCUUAUCAGACAAGACAUCGAGAAACCUGUUCUUUUUUCUAUGUCUGAAUUUAUCUUUUGCCUUUGUGGAGCUGCUGUACGGAAUCUGGAGUAACAGUUUAGGACUUAUAUCAGAUUCAUUUCACAUGUUCUUUGAUUGCACAGCUCUUCUGGCAGGAUUGGCAGCAUCAGUAAUUUCAAGGUGGAGGUCAAAUGAUGCUUUCUCAUAUGGGUAUGUCCGAGCUGAGGUGCUAGCUGGGUUCGUUAAUGGCCUUUUUCUCAUCUUCACAGCCUUUUUUAUUUUUUCUGAAGGAAUAGAGAGAUUCCUGGAACCACCCCAUGUACAUCAUGACAGAUUACUGCCAGUGUCUAUACUUGGGUUUAUUGUAAACUUGAUAGGAAUAUUUGCCUUUCAGCAUGGGGGACAUGGGCAUUCUCAUGAAGGAGGGCAUGGGCACAGUCACUCCUUGCUUAAUGGAGUGUUAGACCACGGACACAGCCAUGGACACAACCACGGAGGUCAUGGGCACAGUCAUGGGUCAAAGCAUGGACAUGACCAUGGGCAUGAUCAUGACCAUGACCAUGGGCACGGCCAUGGGCAUAAACAUGAUCCAGGGCACUUCCAUCAUUCUGACUAUUGCCAUAAUGAUCACUUAGAUGAAAGAAGUGCAGUAUCCAGCAAGCAGAUCCUGGAAGGUGUAUUUUUACACAUUUUAGCUGACACCCUUGGAAGUGUUGGUGUGAUUAUAUCUGCUAUUCUGAUGCAACAAUAUGGACUUAUGGUAGCAGACCCCAUUUGUUCAAUGUUGAUAGCACUACUUAUAGGAGUGAGUGUUGUUCCAUUGCUCCGAAACUCUAUUGGAAUAUUGAUGCAACGUACACCCCCCUCCCUGGACCCAGUUUUACCUCAGUGUUAUCAAAGGGUUCAGCAGUUACAAGGAGUUUGUGGUUUACAUGACCCACACUUCUGGACCCUGUGCACAGAUAUUUACAUUGGAACCCUAAAACUUAUGGUUGCCCAUGAUGCAGAUGCAAGAUGGAUUUUAAGUCAGACACACAAUAUUUUCACUCAGGUUGGAGUAAGACAGCUGUAUGUACAGAUUGACUUUUUAGUCAUGUAAUAGAAAUUUGCAGUUUUAAUUUUUGGACCAAAGAAACUGGUACUUAGGAUCUAGAAAACACUUUCCCAUGUAUGUCGAACUAAAAUGCCAUAAUUAUGCAUUGGGACCAAGCAAAGACGUAUUCCUCCCAUCGCCACUUCAUGGAAGAGUUAUCAAGUAAUACAGCUGUAUCUGUGUACAUCAAAACACCGAACCAUUAACGAUAUCUGUGGCUUAAAAGGCUAUGGAUUUAUUUUCUGUAGGUAAUUUGUUUAAAUAUGCCACCUUUAUUUGGUUUUGUGGAAAAGUGAUUUUUUUUUUUUUAUCUGUAGGCCAUACUCAUAUUGCCAUGUUUGUUACAGCUGCUGAGGAACUUUCCCACAGAAAUUAUGUAGUUUGCAUUAAAGGCAUACUUUGUAAAUAUUUGGUGCAGUUGUUGACAUCUUGCAAAAUAACUGUUUAUUAAACUGUUUGUACUUUGCAAACUUAGUGAAUCAAACCAUAUUGGGUUUCAAAGUGCCUUUGCAUUGUAAAUCAUUUAGCAGUAUAUGCUGUAAGCGUACUAAUGGCCAUCACGAUUUCUUUUGAUUUUAUAGCCAGUGGAGUACAUUUAUGUAAUGUCAACAUUACCUUUUCAACUUUUGUGAAAGUAAAAUCGAAGUGUGCCAGCCAUAUACAUUACACAGACUGGGUAGGAACCCUUUCAAAGAACAGAUACUAGUACAUUGUAGGUUGUUACUAAGUAAUGUUUGUGGACAGAUUUAGACAGUUUAAUAAUCACUUUCAGUUUGGUUCAGUAUUCUGACUAAAAUGCAUUUUAGAAUAUUUGUAUAGUAUAAAUGCAUGUAAAAUAUUCGGUUAAGACUUGUGCAGCAGUAAGUAACAGAAAUAUUUAAAAGGUAUGAUUUUAUAUUUGGAGCCCAUUUAUUGCAUUUAAUGUUGAAAUAACAGAAAAAAAACAUUAAGAUUAAGUGAGCUUGCACUUCAGUGAUACAUAUUUAAAAAAGCUAAUCACAAAUUGCCAUUCAUCUUUAAAUGUGAUUCUACUACAUUUCAUAUCAAAAAUAUUUUAGUAGUAAUUAUAGCAUUCAUCUUCAUAUGUUUACAGACCGGGAAGCAAGUAACUUUUCUUUUGCCACUCAGGAUAGUAAAUACAGGAGUUUCAAAUGUGGAAUUUAUAAUUGUGGGCAUUGUAGCUGAUAUUAUUUAUACUGGAAUGUAAGCAUAUGUAGCAGUGUUAAGGGAAGAGGCAGAGUACAGCACACAAGGUUGCUGCUGUCUCCAGCACAUUGCAUAAAUCUGAAAGUUGAAAAAUUACUUACUGAUGUAUUAUUUCCUGUAGCUUUGGACUGAAGCAAACACACACACCCUUAGCAUGAUUCAUACACGACAUGUAUCUUUUCAGUUUGUCAUAUUGUUAUCCAAGGAGUUUUAGCAACUUUUGCCUGUUUUAAUGAUAAUAGAUUCAGGAUAUACCAGAAUGAUGCUGCAAGCAGCAUCAGGUCAGGAGAUAGUUUGUGUACCUUAGAUGAAUCUACUACAAAUGUUGCACAACAACGGGUGGCAAGCAAUAUUAUUAAUAUAUUUGAAUGUCACAAGACCACUGCAUUCAUCUUCAUCAUUUGAAAACAGUACUCAACAAAUACUGUUUUCACUUCACUAGUGCUGCUUAUUGGUUUUAAAUUUUGAGAUGAGCAGUGCCAAAGUGUGGUUUUAGGAUCUGUUCCCUUGUAUUUGAGUAUUAAAAACAAAAACAGGAUGACUCCAUGGGUGUAUAUUCUGCAGGGCUAAAAUGAGUAUUUUGGCAUCAAUCCCUUCUUUAAAGUAAAUGGCAACAUCUCAAAUUUGUCCAUGUUUUGUAGAGGUAUAAUGGUGCUCCUUUCCUACUGUAGCAUUAAAUGAUGAUGUAGAAAUGGAUGUGAAACACAACAUUAUUAAGCAAAUGUCAUUUUUAAUUAAGAAGAAAGAAAUCCAAAAAUUGCAAAAGCCAGUGAAAAUUUAUGUGGAACUUGGUAAUUGUGUAAAUUUAUAUUCCAAAAAUCUGUUGCUAUUUUAUUUUAAUGUAAAUAAUUUUUAAAUGUACUUUAUAAAGUUAUAUAUUACAAUUCAGCCUUUGUAUAAAAGUAUUUGCUGAGGGAGAAAUGCCUGGAAAACUUCAAACAGAAGAAUAAUAUACAAGUUUAGAAGUAUAGUUCUUGUCUACAUCAUUUGAAAACAGUACUCAACAAAUACUGUUUUCACUUCACUAGUGCUGCUUAUUGGUUUUAAAUUUUGAGACUAGCAGUCCCAGAUUGUAGUUUCAGAAUCUGUUCCCUGUAUUUGAUUAUUAAAGGCAAAAACAGUAUGAUUCCAUGCAUGCAUAUUGUGCAAGGUUAAAACGAGUAUUGUGGCAUCUAUCUCUUCUUUAAAGUAAAUGGCAACAUCUCAAAUUUGUCCAUAUUUUGUAGAGGUAUAAUGGUGCUCCUUUCAUCUGUAGCAUUAAAUUCUGAUGUGGAAAUGGAUAUGAAAUACAACAUUAUUAAGCAAAUGUAAUUUUUAAUUAAGACGAAAGAAAGCCAAAACUUGCAAAAUCCAGUGAAAAUUCAUGUGAAACUUGGUAAAUGUGUAAAUUUAUAUUCCAAAACAUCUGUUGCUAUUUUAUUGUAGUGUAGAUAAUUUUUAAACGUAGUUUAUAAAAUUAUACAUUGCAAUUCAGCCUUUGUAUAAAAGUAUUUGCUGAGGGGGAAAUGUCUGGAAACUUUCAAAUAGAA